CCUUGCCCGCAUAAAAGGAAGGUCUCAUUUACUACUGACCAUGGCUCAUCAAGUGAGUUGAACCCAACCAUAACAGAAUGCAAAAUUCUAUGAGUAUCCGCGCAGAAAAUUCUAUGGGGGGAUCGGUUUCAUCCAUUGGAUCGCUUCAUCAUCAGCUGCAGGAUGACGUUUGCUCCAAUUGGACGGCUAGAAAAAUAUCCUUCAUAGGACAUUUUGUGGAGCCGCCUGCAGAAAAUCUAUGCGUUCCAUUAGAUCUCUCAGCCCGCUGUUUUAUGAAAAGAUGUGCAUCAUUUUCUAUAUAGCAUCAGAAAUCCACAUCGCCGGCAUUCCGACUCCUCGAUCGUUCCGGAUGGAGACGAGCUGCGUCGAGAACAGGCAGUGCGAGGUGAUCGAGCCCGAGGUGAGCUCCGAGUCCGGCGGGACGUUGGCUGCGGCGCCGGCGCAGCCGGAGUACAUGGGCGUGGUGCCGCUUCCCUAUGGCCGCUGGGGCGCGCAGUUCUACGACAGGGAGAGGCGCGUGUGGCUGGGCGCGUUCGACGUGAAGGCCGAGGCCGCGCGCGCGUACGACGUGGCCGUGCGGCGGUUCCGCGGCUGCGGCGCCGUCACCAACUUCGAGCCCCUGGAGGCGGAGGAGCUCGCCUUCCUCUGCUCCCGGUCCAAGGAGGAAAUCGUCGACAUGCUGCGGAAGCAAACGUACCGCGACGAGUUGAAGCUGGUCAGGAACAGAGGAGCGGCGGCCGCGGCGGGGGCGGAACAGAGGAAGCCCCUGUUCGAGAAGGCCCUGAUGCCGAGCGACGUCGGGAAGCUGAACCGGCUCGUCAUCCCGAAGCACCACGCGGAGAAGCACUUGCCGCUGCGGGAGGACGACAGGGGCGUGGUGUUGAGCUUCGAGGACGAGCGCGGCAAGGUGUGGCGCUUCCGCUACUCGUACUGGAAGAGCAUCAAGACUUACGUGCUGACCAGGGGAUGGAAUUGGUUUGUGAAGGAAAAGGGGCUCCGGGCCGGCGACGUGGUGACUUUCCACGGCUCCACCUCCGGCGAAGAGAAGCGGCUCUUCAUCUUCCCGCGCGGGGGGCGCGUGGCACCGGCGGCUGCUACUCGCUCCAUCAGGCUGUUUGGUGUUGACAUCGUUGGUGGUGCAAUUGGCGCCGCCGCCACCGCCGCCGCCGUUGGGAUUAAGAGGAAGAUAUCGUGCGAUGAUAGAAGUGAAAGUUCAUGUGACGAUGCAGGAGCAGAUCGAUUAAAAUAGCUUUCGAUCAUUAUAUAUAUAUAGAUAGAUAGAUACCAAAAUCUGUUAUUUUUGUGUUUGGAUUUGUAAGUUCAUCAGUUCGUGCGAUGAUUCUUAUGUCAUCCAAGACAGCUUGGCAAUAUUGAUUUAAUAAGCUUGAAUGCAAUAAUAUUCAUAUUUAAUAAAAUACUAAUAUAGGAUAUUUCAAAAUGCAAUAUGAUGUCAUAUGAAAUAAUACUUUCAAAAAUUAACUAAAAAUUAGUUAUAAUUGUUUGUGAUGAAUUGUUUCAAAAGUUAAAAUAUGCGAUGCAGUUGUUAAAAAUUGAAAAUAUUUUAUAGACCUAUCGAAUUAUUAAAGGGUUGCUAGAUUUAAUCAACUCAUAUAGGUCACAAUUAUCUUUCCAUUUAAUUUUGUUUAACCACGAUUAUAUAUUGAAAAUACUUAACUAUUGUAUGCCAUUGGUACUGGAAUAGCAUCAAAACGUUUUGUACCAAAUUAUAGACGUCAUUAUGA